GUGAAGAAGAAAAAGGGGUUACACGUGUUUACUCUGCCCAGGCAGAUAGUUUAAAUAAUUGUUUAAAAUUAAGAUUUCUCGAUCUUUAAAAACUGAGGGAAAAUGCCGAAAGUCAAAGCGGAGAAGAAAAGCAGGCAGCACCAGGAGGUGAAGAACCAAGGGAUCAUGUUCAACACCGGCAUUGGUCAGCACAUCCUGAAGAAUCCACUGGUUGUCAACGGGAUCAUUGAGAAGGCUGCUCUGAGGCCGACAGAUGUGGUUCUGGAGGUGGGACCUGGUACUGGUAACAUGACAGUGAAACUGCUGGAGAAAGCCAAGAAGGUGGUGGCCUGUGAGCUGGACUGCAGAUUGGUGGCUGAACUCCAGAAAAGAGUACAGUGCACGCCCAUGCAGACCAAACUUCAGAUAUUAGUUGGAGAUGUAUUAAAAACAGAUCUGCCUUUCUUUGACGUCUGUGUGGCUAAUUUACCUUACCAGAUUUCAUCACCAUUUGUCUUCAAGCUCCUGCUGCAUCGACCUUUCUUCAGGUGUGCCGUGUUGAUGUUCCAGAGAGAGUUUGCCAUGCGACUUGUUGCCAAACCUGGAGACAAGCUGUACUGCAGACUGUCCAUCAACACACAGCUGCUGGCUCGUGUCGACCACCUCAUGAAGGUGGGGAAGAAUAAUUUCCGUCCUCCUCCAAAAGUGGAGUCCAGUGUCGUCAGGAUAGAGCCGAAAAAUCCUCCUCCUCCUGUGAACUUCCAGGAGUGGGAUGGCCUGGUCAGGAUAGCCUUUGUCAGGAAAAACAAAACCCUCAAUGCAGCUUUCAAGUCCACUGCAGUAGAGCAGCUGCUGGAGAAGAACUACAGGAUUCACUGCUCUGUGCACAAUGUGGAGGUCCCAGCAGACUUCAGCAUCACUAAGAAGAUCGAAAGUGUUUUGCAGGAGGCUGAAUUCAGUGAGAAGAGAGCCAGGUCCAUGGACAUUGAUGACUUCAUGGUGCUGCUUCAUGCAUUCAACUCUGCAGGGAUCCACUUUUCUUAAAAGGCAGAGGGAGCUGAGGAAAACAGUGCUGUGACUCAUGCUCUGCGUGUAUGAUGAGAGGGCGAAGUUAGCAGUCAGAUGAAUGGAAAGAUAGACUGUCUGACUGAUGUCUCUUCCUGCAGAGCUUUGCUCCAAGGACCCGAGUUUCAAAUGUUGACACAGUUGGAUGAAAUGUACAAAGACUAUUGCAUGAUAAAUUUAAAGAGCUCAUAUUGAGUGUGCUAUAUUACUCCUAUGACUACAGAUAAAGUGUCCUUGUGUAUACAGAGAGAGCUCCUGGCAGAUGAAAGCUGUGUGCUCAUCUUGGUUGUGUGAGAGCCUGACUGUGUGUGUAAGAGUUUGCCAAUCAUUGAAAAUAAACUGUAAUGGAUAAAUAUUCUACUCUAAAAGCAGUGUACAAUUUUCAUGUCAAAAUGACCUCCUUGUGGGAGAGGCAAAUAUUUAACAAGUGCAGAUUUUUGGCUGUUAAAUAAACUCAGAUUGUCCACAA